AUGGUCGAGACCAACGAGUGCAGCAUCAAGGUCCUGUGCAGAUUUCGCCCCCUGAACCAUUCGGAGGUGCAGAGAGGGGACAAGUUCCUGCCCGUGUUCCAGGGCGAUGACGGCGUGGUCCUGGGGCAGGGAAAACCUUAUGUUUUUGAUCGAGUGUUUCCACCAAAUACGACUCAGGAGCAAGUCUACCAUGCCUGUGCUAUGCAAAUUGUUAAAGAUGUGCUGGCCGGAUAUAAUGGAACUAUUUUUGCCUAUGGGCAGACAGCUUCUGGAAAGACCCAUACCAUGGAGGGUAAGCUUCAUGAUCCCCAAAUGAUGGGAAUAAUACCCAGAAUCGCCAGGGAUAUUUUCAACCACAUCUAUGCCAUGGAUGAGAACUUGGAAUUCCACAUUAAGGUUUCCUACUUUGAGAUUUACCUGGAUAAAAUUAGAGACCUGCUAGAUGUGUCUAAAACAAACCUCUCCGUGCAUGAAGACAAGAACCGCGUUCCAUUUGUCAAGGGCUGUACUGAGCGUUUUGUGUCCAGUCCUGAGGAAAUCCUAGAUGUGAUUGAUGAAGGAAAGUCCAACCGCCAUGUCGCUGUCACAAACAUGAAUGAGCACAGUUCCCGUAGUCACAGCAUCUUCCUCAUCAAUAUCAAGCAGGAGAAUGUGGAGACGGAGCAGAAGCUGAGUGGAAAGUUGUAUUUGGUUGACUUAGCUGGCAGUGAGAAGGUCAGUAAAACUGGAGCUGAAGGGGCAGUGCUGGAUGAAGCCAAGAACAUAAAUAAGUCGCUAUCUGCCCUGGGAAAUGUAAUUUCUUCUCUGGCAGAAGGAACGAAAGGAUACGUUCCCUACAGAGACAGCAAGAUGACUCGAAUCCUGCAAGACUCUUUGGGUGGAAACUGUAGAACAACCAUGUUUAUCUGCUGCUCUCCCUCAAGCUAUAAUGAUGCAGAGACCAAGUCAACUCUUAUGUUUGGCCAGAGAGCCAAGACCAUCAAGAACACUGCAUCUGUCAACCUGGAGCUGACAGCAGAGCAGUGGAAGAAGAAGUAUGAAAAGGAGAAGGAGAAGAACAAGAAUAUGAAGGAAACAAUUCAGAAGCUGGAGGCUGAACUGGCUCGCUGGAGGAAUGGAGAGAAUGUACCUGAGACAGAGCAGCUGAGUGAUGGUGAGCAGAUUAUCCUGGAAACCUGUGACGAGACACCGGUUACUGAUGACAACUCCUCCAUUGUGAUCAGGAUCUCGGAAGAAGAGAGGAGGAAGUACGAGGAGGAGAUCCGUAAGAUGUAUAAGCAGCUGGAUGACAAGGAUGAUGAUAUCAACCAGCAGAGUCAGUUAGUAGAAAAACUCAAGCAGCAAAUGCUGGAUCAAGAAGAGCUCUUAGUUUCCACCCGGGGAGACAAUGACAAGGUGCAAAUGGAACUAAGCCGCUUACAGUCCGAGAAUGAUUGCGCCAAGGAAGAAGUGAAAGAAGUUCUGCAGGCUCUGGAGGAGCUGGCUGUAAACUACGACCAAAAAUCCCAGGAAGUGGAGGACAAAACUUUGCAGAACAAGAUACUUGCUGAUGAACUGUCCCAGAAAGUUGCCACUCUCCUGUCUCUGGAAAGUGAUCUCCAUCGCCUGCAGGAGUUUAGCACCCAUCAGCGUAAGAGAAUUGCGGAAGUUCUGAAUGGCCUCAUGAAAGAUCUUAGUGAAUUCAGUGUCAUAGUAGGCAAUGGAGAAUUUAAGUUGCCUGUGGAGAUAAGUGGGGCCAUAGAGGAAGAGUUUACAGUGGCACGUCUCUAUAUCAGUAAGAUCAAAUCUGAGGUGAAGUCAGUGGUGAAACGAUGCCGCCAACUGGAGAACCUUCAGGUUGAAUGUCACCGUAAGAUGGAAGUGACAGGACGUGAGCUGUCCUCCUGCCAGCUGCUGAUAUCACAGCAUGAGGCCAAGAUCAGGUCUCUGACUGAAUACAUGCACAGCGUAGAGCUGAAGAAACGCCAACUGGAAGAGUCCUACGAUACACUGAGCGAGGAGCUGGCCAAGAUGCAGGCUCAAGAAAAUGUGACAGACGUAUCAGCAAAGGAUAAGGAACAGGAUGAGGUGGAAGCCAUUGAGGUGAAGAAGGUCCUGGAGAUGCAGAUGGAAAGCCAUCGUGAGGCCCAUCACAAGCAGCUGGCUCGUCUCCGGGAUGAGAUUAAUGAGAAACAGAAGAUCAUUGAUGAGCUAAAGGAUCUGAACCAGAAGCUGCAGCUGGAGCUUGAGAAGCUGAGAGCCGAUUAUGAGAAGCUGAAGAGUGAGGAACACGAGAAGAGCCACAAACUGCAGGAGCUGACAUUUCUGUACGAGAAGCACGAACAGUCCAAACAGGACCUCAAAGGGCUUGAGGAGACUGUUGCCCGUGAACUCCAGACCCUCCAUAAUCUUCGGAAGCUUUUUGUUCAAGACGUCACAUCUCGAGUCAAGAAAAGUGCUGAAAUGGAACCCGAGGAUAGUGGGGGGAUUCAUUCCCAGAAACAGAAGAUUUCCUUUCUUGAGAACAACCUGGAGCAACUUACAAAGGUUCACAAACAGUUGGUUCGUGACAAUGCAGAUCUUCGUUGUGAGCUUCCUAAACUGGAAAAACGUCUUCGGGCUACGGCUGAGAGAGUUAAGGCCCUGGAGGGUGCACUGAAAGAGGCCAAGGAAGGGGCUAUGAAGGACAAGAGAAGGUAUCAGCAAGAGGUGGACCGCAUCAAGGAGGCUGUACGCUACAAGACUACAGUGAAGCGCACACACACUGCACAGAUUGCCAAGCCAAUUAGGCCUGGACACUACCCUGCCUCCUCCCCUACUAAUUCCUAUGGAGUCCGCAAUUCUGACUCAUUAAGUUACACUAAUAACAUCUUUCAGCAAUACCAAAAUAUGUAUAUGCAUUCAUCCAGCCCCACCAAUGACACAUUUUUCACCAACCCAUGUUCCACUGCAAGAAGCAGUUCUUCUACUAGCAGCUUGCUUCCCUACCAGAAGAUGAAUGUGGACAAUGGCAAUACUACAGACAUCAAUGAUAACCGAAGUGAUUUGCCAUGCGGCUGUGAGGCGGAUGAACAGUCACAGUUAUUUCCCCUUCACCAGGAGACUGCAGCCAGCUAAUAACAGGGUUCACUAGAUAGGUCUUUUCACCUGCACUUCCAGUCUCCAAAGGAACUGAAGCUUAUUCCCAGCAUGCUGCAAGUUAGCUUCCUGUGGCCUCUGCUGCCAACCAUUAUCUCCCCUGUAUGACUCUAGCUCAAUGUCUUUCUACUGUGCUCUGUUAACGUACUGUAUACUAACAGCUGCUAAUGUUUACUCUACACCUUUGCAAUGCACUCAAUGAUGUACCCACUUGUGUUUUCAACUCAGUCCUCUAAAUGAACUUAAUGUAUACCUGUCAAAUCACACACCGUGUUAUUUACCUGGGGUUA